GAGAGGAAACGAAACUACUACAAAUAACUCCUGUACACCCAGAGCUCUGAGCGCAGUAUCUCGGAUAGCCGGACACUGAGCGGCUGCGCAACACUGGCACUAGUGGUUGCCGGACAGUGGUAGUCACAGCAGGCAGACGCUGAGUGUCCCGCCGGCCUCAUCAUGGCACAGACCCUGGAGGAUAUGGCGGAGGAGCUGACUUGCUCCAUCUGUCUGGGUCUCUUCUCCGUCCCAGUCACCAUCCCGUGUGGACACAACUUCUGCUAUAACUGCUUGGACCUCACCUGGAAGGACGCUAUUGUGUCGGUGUACAGCUGUCCCCAGUGCAGGUGCAGCUUCCUGGACAAGCCGGAGCUGAGGAAGAACACGCUGCUCAGCAAUCUGGUCAGCCAGGUAGCGUUGGCCCGGGACAAGGAGGAGAAGGAGGCUGAGCUGGAAGAAGAAAGUGAGCAGCAGGAGCGCCCGGCGCCCGUGAUGUGUGACAGCUGCAGGAAGACUGCGGCUUCCAAGACAUGUCUCACCUGCAUGGCCUCCUUCUGCCAGGAGCACCUUCUUCCUCACCUGGAGAGCCCAGCCUUCCUGGACCACACGCUCAGCCAGCCUCUGGGAGACCUGCGGGAGAGGAAGUGCGGGGAACACAACAAGUUAAUAGAUCAUUACUGCCAGAGCCACAGCAAAUGCAUCUGCUGCUACUGUGUCCUUUCCCACAAGCAGUGUCAGACUUAUACCCUACAGGAGGGCAAAAAGCAGAAGGAGAUGCACUAUGUCAAUCUGCUGAGAUCUCUGAAUCAGAAAUUAGAAAAAGCCACAAGCACAAUAGAGGAGGUCCGAUGUGAACAGAGAAAAGUGUUGGACAUCACUAAGAAGAAGAAGGAUCUGGUGGAGGAGGAGUUUGAGGAGAUAAAAGGUCUAAUUGAUGAGGAACGUAAAAAAGCUAUGGCGAAAGUCCAGGAGGAGGAGAAGAAAGUGACCCAAAAAUUUAGUUACACACAGAGUGUCCUGAAUAAAAAGAAACAAGAAUAUCAGGAUCUGAAGAGUAAAGUUCAGUCUAUUCUGGAAGAGCAGGAUGAUCUCCAGUUUCUAAAGAAAGCCUCCAAAGUGAAAGACACAGUAUCCAAAGAACCCUUUAAGCCAUACACAGGGUUUGAUGAUAGAUUAAUGCAGAACAUCUACAAAGAAGCUGUAUCCCUCAAAGAGGCAAUCAAAUCAAAGCUCAGCCAACCAGUGGAAACACCAGAAUCAAGACCCCAGGCUACUCCGACAAAGAAAAUCCAUGAAGCAGAUCUAGCUGCGGCAACAGACGAGUCCAGCAAGUCGAUACCACCUCCUCUUAUGAAAUCUUUUGAAGAAAAGCAACGCAAAAAAAAUAAAGCUAAAAUGAAUCAACCAGCGAAUGAUGCAGGUGUAGCUCCACCUCACGGUAAGCCACGCAAACCUCCACAAACUCCACAAUCUGCUUCAUCUGUUCCAGAGUCUAGAGAUCAGCUGCUGAAGUAUGCUGCAAAACUGACACUGAAUCCAAACACUGCACACAAGAAGGUUGGCAUGAGUGACGGUUUCACCAAGAUGUUUGUCAGUGAUUCAUUUCUUAACUACCAAGAUAGUCCUGUGCGGUUUGUCAGCUGCUCUCAGGUCCUCUGCUCUCAGGGCUUCUCAGAAGGUACUCACUACUGGGAAGUCAAUAAAGAAGGUGGAAACUUCAGUGGAAUCGGUGUUGCUUACCAGAGCAUUCCUCGUUCAGGAACAGCGAGCCGCCUUGGCCGGAAUAAAGUGUCCUGGUGUAUUGAGUGGUGUAAUGGCAAGCUACAGGCCUGGCAUAAUGAUAAGGAGACUGACCUCACGGUCCCCAACACAUCCAAAUUUGGGGUGCUUCUCAGUUAUGAUCAAGGUCUUGUUUCAUUCUUUUGUAUUGGGAAAAAAUUUAGCCAGAUCUAUAGAUUUCGUGCCCAGUUUACAGAACCAGUGUACCCUGCUUUCUGGCUUUUUUCUAGUCCAACUCUCCUGGCUCUUACCCCAGCUUACUAAGUGGAGCACUGGGGCAUUUUAAUUAUUGGAAGAGGAGAGCAGUGACAAUUAAAAUAAUUGGGUGUUUGUAGGUAGACUUCUAAUGAUUACAAUUAGAUAGUAAUUGGUUGGGGUAACACAGUGCUGUUGUAAACAUCACUGGAGUAUAGUGAAAUAGUAUUUCUCUAUCGUCCUAAGUGGAUGCUGGGGUUCCUGAAAGGACCAUG